UAAAUGUGUGUAGUGUGGGAGGCUGUGUAAUGUUCGUGUUUUGUCCCCUUGUAAAACCGCAGAAUUGAUGACGACUUUAUAGUGCUACCUCACUGAAGCAUACUGCCGAAGACACCCAGCAGGACACCCUACCCAGUCACAUUAUACUGACAAAUGGUGCUUAGUUCUAGCCGACCGAGCUAUCGCGGUCCCGACAACAUCAUGUUUGACCUUGAUGGGGACUAUAUUGUGAAUGUUUUAAGUACUGUAAUCUAAUGUGUAUAACCGGAUACGCAACACUAUGGAUAAACACAGCACGUGAACACUACACGCGUGUACACACAUUCAUUAGGAUGUGUCUAUCAGAAUGUCAUUUCCUGAUCCCGGCCUUCCCCAUCCUCGCCUAGACAUCCUUCGGACAUUUUAACUGGACUAAUGAUAGUUUUGUUUUCGUCGAGUAUUUUCUAAGGAAAUCUACUGAGAAAUUGGACAUUAUGCAUGAACAAAACUAUUUGCUUGAUUUGAUAGAUAUAACCAAACGCUUGAAGCUUGAUCCACUUCCGGAUUUAAGUCGGAAGUCGUCGGGAAGACAGUACAUGGCAACGCGACGAGGAUAUCGGAAAAUAUCCAGUGGAACCAUGCUUUGUGACCUUACGGAAUGUAAGGCACAGGAAGGGAAUUCCGAACAGGACCGUAUCAUCCAGCAGAUGAAUAUGUCUGAAAAACUUAAAUAUGUUCAGGAAUCAAGGAAGGAAAUUGCUGAAAAGAACCAGGAACUUUCGAAACAGCUUCUUCACAUUUACGUGCAGAUCCGCCAGAUGAAAGUUCAACAGUCGUGUAUGUAUCAUCAAGACCUACUGGACGAUGUGUUUAGAGACAUGAACGACGAGAAGGAUGUCCCGGAUGUGUGUGAUUUGCCCGUACGUAGGCGGAACAAAGCCCUACAGCAGCUAGGAGUAACGCGAAUGAAUAUCAACUCUAAACGAUUCUCAUGUUCAUGAUACUGUAAAGAUUACAUGCAACGGGAGAUAACUCGAGUUUUAUUUAAAUUGUUUAUUUCCCCAUAUCAUGACAUAUGACAAAUAUAUACAUGUAUAUCAUAACAUUUGUAAUUUUAGAACAAACAAUUCCUUCAUUCUUCAUUCUAUUUUCAUAAUACGUUUGUCCAUGUCUUCGCUUUCUUUGAUAGAGUAUUUUUUUUUUUUUAUAUCUUGUCACGUAAUGUUAACAAGUGUGCGCACAGUUUCGGCGUUACAAUAUUGUACAAAUGCUUGGAAUGUCUUUAUUUCACAUGGUAAUGAGUUGACAAAGAAAAUAACGUAAGCUAUUUCGGUACCAUUCGAGGAAGAAACAAAUGAAGCUAUCUAAUUUCAUGGAACUAUUUUUGUUCAUUAGUUUAUUGAUAAGUUUGUGUGAAUUCCGUACAACAUGAGGUGGCUAUCUCAGGAGCCUCAAAACAAAACGAUACAUUUCAAUUUAACCUUUGUUAGUAUUUCAACGUCUGAUUGAGCAAAACUUUGUUGCUAAUAUUAAAAAUAUGGACAGUUAUUAUAAUUAAGGUUUAGGCCGUCUUUCUGGUUGUUUUAUCAAAGUAUACAUUUCAGUACGGUAUCGCUGUGUGGAAUGGACCACAAAAACAUCCAAAAAGACAGAUUUAUCCUUAAAUAAAAUGCCUUCCACGUGGUUUCUAUUUAUGUUGAUUCUUGAGUACAGGAUUAGGAGUAAAACGCCCUUAGAAAAUAAAUACCGAUGUUUCCUACUCUUUUUUCUUACCAUUCUUAUUUCGCCAUUUCAGAAAACAGACUAAGACAUUAAAACGUGUUUAUAGUUCAA